AUGGACUCAAAGACAGGAGAAAUAGUGGCAUGGCUCCUCCUUCUCCUGUUUUCUUCUGUGAUUGGACAAUCAUCAAUAUGUCCUGCUCCAGAGGCAAUACUUCCUUGCAUAUGCACAAAUCGACACGAAGAUAUACAAAUAUGGUGCACACACAGCGAUUUACCACAAGUAUCAAAAGGUGUUCAGAAAAUCGGAGAAGUCAUCAAACGGCCUAUAGAUGAACUUAUUAUAGAGAACAAUUAUCUCCCAUCAUUACCGGGCAAAGCAUUCCAAAAUAUGAAAAUAAUGCGGCUAAUGCUACGCCAUAACGGCUUGGAGCGAUUAUCAGCUGCAUGGUUGGAGACACAAGAAUUGAAUUUAGUUGAAAUAUUUAUAGUGGAAAACGAUUUAAGGAGUCUCCCAGCAGAAAGUCUAAUGAAACUUCAAAACCUUCAAGCUAUAACGAUACAAUCUCAAAAUUUGAAAAGGAUACCCUCUUUUUCAGGACUGCAGAAAAUACGUUAUAUUAACAUACAGUCGGAAAGUUUAAAUGCUGUUAAUGAAAAUACAUUUGCAAAUCUACCCAAUAUUGAAAAGCUAUUUAUUCAGGGAAGUCCUAAUUUGCGAGUAAUUAAAGAAAACGCUUUUUACAAUCUGCCUAAAUUAAGAAAACUAGAAAUAACACAUUGCGGUGUAAAUGAUAUACAUAUUAGAGCGUUGGCUUUGCUACCGUCACUAAGCGAAAUAUCAUUUAGUAACAACAAAAUUUCAGAUGCAACAAUGUUUGGAAGAGCUCUAAGAGAUGUACCAAUGUUAACUGAAUUAGAUUUGAAUAACAACUUGAUAGACAAACUUACCGAAGGUGCCUUUGUUGAUCAACCAACGCUUGAAAAGUUGUUUCUCUCAAAUAAUAACAUAAAUAUUAUUCAUCAUGGCGCAUUCCAUAGAGUUCCUAAGUUAAAAGUUGUAGAUUUGAACUACAAUAAAAUCAGUCAAAUACAUCCUGAAUCAUUUUUGCAGCAGUCUAGCAGUGGAGUAGAGGAACUUACUUUAAUCGGGAAUAAAAUCAUGCACAUAUCUGAGUUCCGGGCUCUACUCGAUGCAUUACCCCGACUGAAAUUUUUAGACAUAAGUGAUAAUUUGCUGCAGGAAAUUCCUAGAGGAGCACUGAGAGGUCAUCCUAGUCUAGAAAGACUACAUUUGAAUAAAAACAGCAUUAAGUAUAUACAGGCAGAUGCAUUUGUCGCCAUGCCAGCGUUAAGGGAAUUGCACUUAAGUAAUAAUUCUCUGACAGAUUUAUAUGAAGGUCCGUAUUGGAAUUUACCGGCACUAAAAGGGUUAGAUUUGUCCUUUAAUUACUUUACUCGUUUACAACCAAAAUUGUUAUAUAAUCUACCGUCGCUAAGAAGAAUUAACUUGAGCAAUAACCAACUUACUAUGAUAGACCCGAUUACUUUUAUGGAAACUCCACUCUUGGAAUAUGUUAAUGUGUCAGAGAAUGCCUUAGUUUCUAUACAUCCAGCCACUUUUAGAAACUUGGUAAAUCUUUAUGAAUUAGAUGCCAGUUACAACAGACUGGUGGAAUUUGUCCCUGGAUUACCAAGAGGGCUUGAACAGUUAUGUUUACAACAGAACCAGAUUACUAGCUUACCAACGCCUCCAUCACCAGAUUUAGAUUUACCAUCUCUAAGAACUUUAGAUAUUUCCAGUAACGGCAUUCAGAAGAUACCAAAUGGCAGUUUAAAGACGUUGCAUAACUUGCGACGCUUACAUAUGAAACGUAAUGGAUUGAGACAAAUUGACGUUAUGACAUUCAAUGAUUUAGAUCGGUUAGAAAUUUUAGAUUUAAGCUAUAAUCAGAUCUUAACUGUCCAUCAGAAGAGUUUUAGCAAGCUUGUUAACCUGAAACAGGUUAACUUACAUGGGAACACUAUAGAUAACUUUGACUUCAUUGCUAUUCAGGACAACGCUGCGCUAUCGUCAUUAGAUUUCAGCAAAAAUAAAUUAAAAAGUAUUAAUCCGGCCAUGGUAAAUCGUGCUUUGGAAGUAGAAACACUAAAUAUAUCUUCAAAUAAUUUGAUCGAAUUGCCGUCAAGACUUAAUAUAUUGUCUAAAUUGAAAGUAAUAGACGCCAGCUUUAAUCAUAUAAAACACUUUGACGGUAAUACCUUAAAUAGCUUAAAUUCUUUGAAAGAUUUCAAAAUGCCCUACAAUAAACUUGUAGAUUUGCGAACAGGAAGUUUUACAGAUCUCAGAGAUCUUCAAACUAUUGAUUUAGACAGUAAUAAUAUUGAAGUUGUGCACCCGAAAGCAAUAGCGAACCUUCCUAAUCUUGUAUCUUUAUAUUUGAGUAGAAAUCAUAUCAUAGACUUACCCGAUAAAGUACUUUCAAAUCUGCCAAAACUAAGAAUAAUUGAAUUACAAGGGAAUCGACUGCAAUACAUAUCUAUGAGAGCCUUUGACAACAUACCAUUGGUGCAGUAUUUGAAUUUAAGCAAUAAUCAUAUCACGAACAUUGAUAACACUGGUUUAAGGCAACUAUCUUCGUUGGAGGUUUUAGACUUAAGUUUCAAUAAGCUAGUGAAAUUGACGAGGGCCUCAUUUCAAUAUAUGGAAUGGUUGGUUGAGCUCAAUUUGGACAACAACUUGAUCUGCCAUAUCAGUGGACAGCCGUUUGACUUCAUGCCAAGAUUGAAAGUUCUUUCAUUAAGACACAAUAGACUGACUAUUAUUUCAGAAGCAACGUUUUCAAAACUACGUAAUAACAUUGCUAUUAUGGAUAUUGACGGUAAUCCGUUAAUAUGUAAUUGCCAUAUCAUCUGGCUGAAAUCGUGGCUAUCUGAAUCGACAUCUGUAGGGCCCAAAUGCGCCGAUGGCACAUACGUUAAGGGUAUGCCGUUCGGUAGGAAUGAUUGCCAGAACACUCCUUCUUAUCUAGUCAACGAAGACCUCAGAUCUUGCAUGACACAUGAAAAUGAAGCUUUAUUGCCAAAUUUAGCAACCUCGCAAGUUUUCUCUACAUUAGACAAGGUAAAAGACUAUGCAUCGCAAAUUAAAAACAAUUAUCAAGUUAAUAAGGUAAAUAGACCAUUACCAGAAGAGUCAGAAUACUUUUAUGAUGACUAUGUUGACUACCCUUAUAACGAAACGUUAAUAGAGAGUUUGAACAAUCAAAUAAGCGCGUCUCAAAGUCACAAUCAUAACAGAACUACGGGAAGAGUCCCUACAAUUUAUGCUGAAAUGAAAAAUUCUACACAGAAAACUUCACCAACUCCACCUUCGAAACCAGACACUGGUUUUACAUUUUUCGGUAUGCCAAUACCACCUAUCGAUGUGGGCAAGUUGCUAAAUUCUGGACGAAAAAUGGACUGGUCAGAAAAGAAGACACAUAGUUCAAAUACACAUAGUAACAGAAAGUAUGAAAUAACAGAAGUUCCAAAAUUUGAAACUGGUGGCUUCUCUCCAAUUUUACCAACAACUGAUGGAGGUUUCAUGCCAAUAUCAGACCCUUCAUUGAAUGUUUCAAAGACUAAUAUUAAACCCGACAGUAGUAAAAAUUAUAACAAAGAGGCUAAUAUAAAGCAAACAAUAGCGAUAAUGUCAACAAAACCACCUAUUAAGACAAUUCAAACUAAUACUACACAUAAAAAAAUCAAAAGUGAAAUUCACGAAUUGCAAGCUUAUUUAGAUGAUGAUAAUGGCACCCAUGUGGCAUAUAAUAGAACUAAGAAUAUAGAAGAGCAGAAAACUGAUCCAAACAAUAUGAGCAAAUAUAAUUUAAUGGAAUCUAAUUUGACAAUAUCUCAAGUGACCGAAAGAGAUAGUAGUAUGCUUAUUACAACUGACACAAGUAAUGACAUGUCUUUGCAAGCUUGGAUGGAAAGCAGUACCUCUGGCUAUUUCUCAUCUACUUCAGUGAUGUCUAAGCCACCUAUGAAGAAGCAUAUUGAGCAGCCUCCUCCAACAGCAUUAUCAGCAAUACUGGUGCCAAGCAAUGCAGAGCUGAUUGAAAGAAAUCAUAGUAAAAGACCUGCCACAAUUACAAAAGUGAAUUUACCACAUUUAGAGCAAAUUGAUCAUAAUUAUUCUGCAAAUAGAGAACCAAAGACAAGAUUUCAAGAUAUUAUGACAACAAGUAACACUAAGACAAGGCAAGUGGAUGACAAUAAUGAUUGGUAUUAUAAAAAUUAUAAUAAUUCUAAUUUAAAACCCUAUGUGGCACCAGGAGUACAUAAAUCGAAAAAUGGUGGUAAUGGAAUUGACUACAAUAUGUUUCUUAUAAGUGUAACAUUAUUAAUUAUUAUAUAG